AGUUGAUGGAUUCGCUUCUGCAAAUGUUAAGUUUCCAUUUAAACUAUCAAAAUUAAAUCUUCAAUAUUAGGAGAAUAAUAAGCAAAUGUAGAAAAAACAAAAUACCAAAUCAAUACAUUCUAAUUAUGAUAAUUUACAAAAAAUGUUAUAUAAAACAUAACUUCCAGAUAAAUCUAAAUACGUGUGUCAUACUUAUCCUAUAAUUUGGGUACACGUCGACGAUCGCUGACUCAUUGUGCUAUCAAAUCAUUUUCCUAAAAUUGAAGAUAUAUUAAGGAAAAUUUGCUAAUUUGGAACCAAAACACAGAACUAUUGUCCCCUUUAUAAUUGUUUUUGAGAAUAUUGUCCCCUUAGAACUAUUAGGUAGUGUUAAUACGAAAAUCCCUCUAUAAUUAUCUAACUAGAAAACUUAAGAUAAAACAAUUCUAAUUAAUAUUUUUUUAAAUAUUAUUUUUACAUAAGGUAGAAACAACAAAGGUAAAAAAUAGAAAAAACUAAACCAUUUUCUUCUUCACACCGUAACCUAUGGCGAUCUUGGUCGUCAUCUUCUCCCCGGCCUCUUGCUCUCCGGCAUGAAAUCUUAAGCGCCGGCGAACCCUUCUCUGUUUCAUUUUCACUCUUCUCUGUUUCUUCUUCCAUCUCAGCUCGUUAUCCUUGCGGUUUCACAAAAGCACUGACCUUGUUCUCUCCGCCGACGAAAAACGCGACGAUAAACGGCGCCAGAACAAGAUAAUCAUUCGCGUUUGUGACCAAUAGCUCUACUCCUUUUGUCCUUCCUCAAACACCAUUAAUCCUUUUGUAAUUGAAGGUUAGGGUUUUGAGAUCCCCAAUUUUUAUUUUUUUGAUUUUGUUUAUGUACAUGCUUUAGAAAUAGAAAAUGGGUUUGAUUAGAACAUAUAUUCGAUGUAAGAAACUGAUUUAAGUUCAUCAAUGAUCUAACCUUAUUGCACCUUUGUGUGAUUAUGUUUUGCGCAUGAUGUGGAGAAAUGUAACCGUGUGCUUUUGUGAAUAGACAUGUAACCGUGUGUUUUUGUGGUUAACAGGAAUGGAAAUUGAGCUUCCAAAACUCAUAGCUGAAGCAGGGGCUGAGCAUCAUGUUGAUAAGAUUAACAACACUUGUAGGUUGACAGUUCUGGGGCUACUGAAGAAGCAACUUGAGGAUGAGUAUAAUGAAGUUUUGAGAGACCUUGUAUUUGGUCCGAUUUUGGCUAUUAAUGAGCAUGAACUCUAUACUCAGGGAAGGUUAUUCACAGCUUCAUCUGCAAAAUGCUAGACAUUUCAAAGCGUCACGAGUUAUGGUUUAGCUUUGCUAGAAAGCCUCUUCGGUUUUCUAUGCAAGAGUUCUACGCUGUGACAGGUCUCAAAUGUGAAGCAGACAAAGACACUGAUUUUGAAGCUUUGAGAAAUGAUAAGGGGGUUUUGGGACACUUUGCUGAAGCAAAAUGGAGAAGUAGACAUGAAGACAAUUAGGCUGAAGCAUCUUACGGAGUGCAAGGACUGGUCGCGUGUGGACAGGGUCAGACUAGUCUACCUUUGUGUUAUUUGUUUUCUGAUGACUAAGGAUGAGAAGAUCAAUAUCCCUCAUGCAUACAUAAAAUUAGUGAUGGAUUUUGAUAAACUGAGGAAGUAUCCGUGGGGUCUUCAUGCCUACGAUCUGCUUCUGGAUUCCAUAAAGAAAGCAAGGUUCAAGUUGAAGAAGAACAGUUAUGUAUUAGAUGGAUUCUCCUAUGCCCUACAGAUUUGGCUUAUGGAGGCGAUUCCAGACAUUGGGACUUUGCUGGGUCAAAAGUACAAGGAAGGCAUAACCAGUGUGAGAUGUCAGAACUGUAUGGAAAGAACUGUAUGGAAAUGGAAAGGUUUCUUAUCAUGAUAUCACUGCUCUAGAGACUGCACUUGGAAAGGUGAACAUAAACAUCAAAUUUAUUUACUUGUUCAUAACUUAUAAAUACUGAUGUUCUUUGUUUUUGUAUUUACAGAAAGCGGUUGUGUUUCCAUUCAUAUCUGAUACCGGAAACAAUGAUGUCGUUGCUAGUGUGAGAUUCAAAAGGGAUGAUGAGAAGAAAGAUGAACGAGUUGACAAAAUUAUUUCCUUGAUCAAUGCAAAAUUUGAUUGGAGCAAAUUCGUUUGGCAAGUUGAGGAAGAUAUGCGGACUCAAGAUCAGCUACAUGAGAAGGUUGAUGUUGCUGUGGAAGCUAGUCAAGAUCAGAUAGAUGGGAAAGAUGAGGUUGCCGUGGAAGGUGAACUAGAAGUAUCUGAAAAAGAAGAACAGGUUGAACCUGUAGCUAAAAGAAGGGUCACGAGGAACGCAAAGGAUCCCGGUUGUGAGUCUAGGAAGAGACAACUACUUUGCCAACGCGCGGCAGAACAGAACACUGGUCUCGAUGAUCAAACGAAGAUUUUUAUUACGGGAUUGUUCAACACCUCCUUCAACUCAAUGAAGGAAGAGGUUAAGAAGCAUGUGGAUCAUCGCUAUGACAAGCUUGACAGUGAGAUUGCAUAGCUCAAGCAAACAGUGGCAGCAGCUAUAGUUUCAAGAAACGAUGUCCCUGCAUCCGAGAGGCCCCAACCUUUGGCAAUGCCUAGCCCUCGUUCUAAAAGAAAGGUAAACAAGAAAUGAAGUUCCGUUUGUAAUGUUGCGUAACAUGUUGUAAUAUUUUAGCUAAGUGAAUACCUUUCUCAAACACAAGUCUGUAAUAUUUUGUGCCGCUUUGAUUGUAUGAUAUUCACGGUCGUGUAUUAAUUUUGUUUUGGGUUGUUUUAUUAACAGGAUGAAAAAUUAGACGAUGUAGAAAUGUCUGAGAUUCAUGGGAAUUUGCAUAAUGUAUCUGUCUCCCAAUCGUCUAACAUUGAUCUAGAGAUGGAUACACAAGAUUAUUUAUGGAAGACAAUGGGAAAUCUUAUACAAGAUUCAUAUGUGAAAGGAUUCGAUCCAUCCCAAAAAGCAAAGGUUGAUGACCCAAUGGAAUGGUUAACCCUACUGACUUCAUUGAAUCCCAAGGAAACCCCACUGACUUCAUUCAAGCCCAAGGAAACCUCACUGCCAUUUUUACGGGACAGAGAUUUGCCUGACGAUCGUGUAAAAGAUAAGGAUUACUCCUUGGUUUUCGUCCCCGAAGAAUCUUGGGUCAAACUCGUUGAGUGGUCCUUAACUUCCAUGGAACUUCAGAUUGGACCUUCAAUGUUUACAAAAGAGAUGUCAGCACGUAUAGUUGGACCUACAGAGUGGUUAGAGAACUAUAAAAUUGAUGUCAUGUUAUUCUUAUCCCGGGAGAGGACAACAUUGGGAAGAUGGAAGGCAAACAAGGUCGCUUUCAUGAGCUGCGUUUUCAGUAACCAAAUGAAGUGUUCAUACGCCACUUUUGAAAAGGACAAGACUAAGUUUAAAGUAGAAGGGUUGCUACACGACUACGGGACAGGUCAACUUCCUCCUCAUGGAAGAACGGGACUUGUGUGGGAUGUGGACGUCAGCCGUAUGUAUGUUCCUGUUUUUGUCCACGGUAACCACUGGAUCUCUAUGUGCGUUAAUUUCGUUACUCGAACGAUUGAAGUUUUUGAUUGUGCCGGAUUGAAACACCAUAAAGAUGUGGAGCUUUUUGCGAAUUUUAUCCCUCGGAUUGUAAAAGCUGUCCAGUCAGCUGAGAAAAAGAAGCAUCUCAACGUCGUUAAAUAUAAAGUCGUGUACGUGCCAGUGCCAUUCAUAAACAAGAGUAGUAGUGACUGUGGAGUUUAUGCACUGAAAUUCAUCGAGUGUCACGCUCUAGGCUUGGAUUUCACACUGGUGAACGACGACAACAUUCAUGAAGCCAGACAUAAUAUUGCAUAUGAUCUUUGGGAAGCUGCAAACAAUCCCGAGCUGAUGUUGCGAAUGUCAAAGUACACACCUCCGAAGACAAUAACUUCUGAUGUUGUGGAGCUUGUUUAGAUUAUGUACUCUUUUAUGAUUUUAUUGGAUAUUAUUGGAUGUUAUUGGACAGUAUCUAUACUCUAAGUAGACCCUAAACCUAUGAUUGUAUCUAUACCCUAAGUAGACCCUAAACCUAAUAUCAUAUCUGAACUAUAAGUACACGACCCUUAACCUAAGAUCGUAUAUAUACCCUAAGUAGACCCUAAACCCUAAGAUCAUAUCUAUACCUUAAGUAAACCCCAUACCUGAAAUGAAGUCAAAGUACUCUGUCUCCGUUAAAGUUGUUUACCCUUUCCUCUUAGAUUCUCGAUAUGACGUCGCAAAGAAGAUCAAUUGAUGGAAUCCCAUCCAGAUGUUGGUGUGGCAAAGGGAUUGUGACAUACUUUUCGAAGACAGAUUAGAACCCGUAUAGACGUUUUUACAGAUGCGAGAUAGGGUUAAAGGUUUAUGAUUUAGAUUUACAUUUUUGAACUCAGAUUAUUCCAUGAAUGUUAAUUGUUUCUGAUAUAGAUUUACGUUUUUUUGUCUUGAUUUAGAGGAAGAAAGAAGACCAUCUGUUUAAGUGGGUUGAUGAAGCUAUGUUUGAUGAACUUCGUAGGGUUGAUGCACAACAAGCUCUAAUUGAAGAAGAGAUUGAUGAUUUGAAAAAGUGUUUGAAGAAGACAGAAGAAAGGGUAGAUGUAGGUUGUGUAGCCAUAAUUCAAUGGCUUUUCGAAAGGGUUUGUAACUCAGAUUAAAGUUAGUAAUAAAAUUCUUAUCAUUUUGCAGAAAAAGCUAUAUUAAGUCAUCGAUAGAACAAAGAAACUCUAAAAUCCAAAGUGAAACUCAAAUCCCAUUCGAUAUUUUGAGUCAAUGAUCAAACAAAGAGAAACUCAAAUCCAAAGUAAAACAAACAUCCAAAGACAAAUAAAUUCGAGAGGUCUAUAUUGCUCUAUCACAAGUCGACCUAUUGUGCCCUUCAAUCCCACACCUACUGCAUUUGCGUUUUGUGGAACCUUUUGUGGAACCUUUACUUCCUUGUGAACGAAUCUUAUCUUCAACUGUCUUGCAUCUUCGUUUCUUUCUCCUUCCUGCUGCUCUUCUACUCUCUGGAGGAAGAAAUUUUGCCUUCUCCACAUGUUCUGGGACAAUCCAUGCAUCUCCAGGAACACUUAUCGGAUUUAUGCUUUCCUCGUAAACUGAGAUCCAAGAAGAGGUUGUGUACUUCUCGUCAGUCAGACUGUGAACUUGUCUGCCUACACUAAAACCGAAUUUUAUGGCAUGCCUGCAUGGGAUCUUUAACAAGUCGAAUUUUCCACAAGAACAUGUGCGUCUCACCAAAUCAACCAUACAUUCAAUUUUGUCUCCACGAACCAGAAACUGGUAAUCGUUAGUCGGGUAAACUGCAAACGUCUUUCCCUUCUGAAUCCUUCUAUCAAUCUUCUUUUCCACAGAUGUGGUCAAUGGCUUUGAAUUCUUAGAACUCAGAGUUCUCCGUUCAAAAAACCAUCGAGUCAUGAUUUCCCUUAUGUUGUCCAGUAGAGGAAUGAUCGGAAACUCCCUUGGCGAACACAAUGCAGAAUUCAUCGAUUCAGCAGGAUUAUUGGUCCUAAUAUCAAACCUAAAACCAGGAAAUUGACAGCGAGCCCACUUUCUCACAUCAGCUUCUAUUAGAUAUUUUCCAAUCGCAGGACUAAUCGAGCAAAUAUCUGUAAAAAUCUUUUAAAAAUCAGCAACUCGAUAAGCUUUAGAAACCUUUGCAACCAAACCAACCAAACCUUUCCCAUGGUAAUAAGUUACAACAUUAUUCAGCAAGUGGUGAAUGCAAAUUCCAUGAUGAGAUUGAGGGUACACGUUUGCAAUAGCUUUACCAAGUGAGGUAUUCCUAUCAAAGAAAAAAGCUAAACUCUGCUCAUCAGCAAUAACCACUUUAAGUUGUCUCAUAAACCAGUUCCACGAGAGGUCAUUCUCUGAGUCAACAACUCCAAAUGCAAGUGGAUAUAAAUUUGAGUUUCCAUCCAAAGCAGUAGCAACUAGUAAAACACCUUUGAAUUUGCUCUUCAAAAACGUCCCAUCGAGAACAAUAACUUUUCGAAUGGCUCUGUAAAAACCUCUGACACACUGCCCAAAUGAGAUGAAAAGGAAUCAGAAUCUCCCAUCCUUGUCAGUUUCGUAAGAUGUAUGUAACCCAGGAUUAGCUUCCUUCAUCAUGUACAAGUAUUUGGGAAUCUUCGCAUAACCUGUUUCUGGAAAUGCCUCUCAUUGUGUUGAUAGCAUACUCACGCGCAUCCCACGCUAAAGACUUGGACACCUUGAUCCCAUGCUCACCACGCAUAAGCUCAAUGAUAUCAUUACAUUUUGGCCCCGCCUUCACACCAUCGUACUUAUGCAUAAUCAGAUUACCAAUUGUUUUUUGCUGAAGCUGUCCUUACAGAUUUGUUCCUUGCUGAUGGAGCACAUGAAUGUUCAGCAACAUAUUUUCUGAUAAUGAAAUAUGAAGAACCCUUUAACCCUUCUGCACGAACUCGCCAGCUGCAAUCUUCAUCUGCACACCGAAUAUACCAAAUUUUGGUAUCCGAUCUGACGACUUUAUAGUCGAAAUUAUGUUUCAUUGCACAGAUUUCGAAUGUCGCAUUUAGUAACAUUUUAUUGCUAAAAUGUUGACCCUUCUUCACAAUAUCCAACAAAGCAAAUCGUACAUUAUGUCCCUUGCUUCCCUUUAUGUCACACAUCUUUUCAUCAUCACUUUCAUCCCGCUCAAUGUCUUGUUCGUCGAAAUUGGUUUCACCAGAAUUCACAUCUGAAUUUUCAUUCGUAUGUCCCUCCAUUAUGGCCGCACCAAAUGCUUGGUUAUUCAAGUUUACAUGUGCCUCCCUAUUGAGAUUCUCAUCCUUUGACUGAAGACACACACACAAGCGCGUGGAAGGUUUGGUCCUCACAUAGGUUAGAAAUUUUUUAACUUGCCGGUCGUUGCUGAUGAUAACCGGAGGAGACUCAAGAGUAUUAAUCAACUCAGAAGGUAAGUAGCUUAACUCGAGAUUGACCAGGGUUAGAUCGAUUCCAAAGUCAUCAGAAACCAUCAACUUUAGCUUCUCAAUGGUUGAACUUCCAUCCGAAUUCAGUAACCUACCUCCUUUUGCUUUAUCAGCAAGAAAACUCCAUCCCUUUCUAACUGAUGAGUUCCACAAACCACAAAAAGAAUAGAUAUGCAUCUUAGUAAACUAGAUUGACAAAACACAAAGGAGAAGAAACAUAGAAGAGAUCGUUGAGGAAGAAGACUUCCAAAAACGAUUUGCAGUCAAUAUUUGGUAAGAAAAAUUAAAAAAGUAAAGAAAAUACUUUCAAGAUCCUUCAAAUAUCUACUAACCAUUUUUGGCCUUAAUUUUCGGAAUUUUGAAACAAAUUUGGCAGAAACGGGAUUCUACCAGUGGAAAGAUAUAGAAGACAACGUAGAUCAAACAUUCUACCGACAAUAGUUAAAAGCGAAAUUAGCAGAAUGUAGAAACUACAUGUAGUAGAAGAAAGACUAAGAAGAAGACCACCGGAUCUGCUAUUUUUUAGAAAGUAGUAGGAAUAGUAGAUUGUUUUUUCUACCAUGGUAGAUGGAUGAAAAUUUGGCAAGUUACGUUUUCUAACUCCAGUAGAUUAUAGUUUUCUUAGCAGAUUCUACCAUCUAUUUCACCGUAGAUGGAAGAUCAGAUCUUCUACCAGUUUUAGGGAGGUAUUGAAAUUCCUCUAUCAAACAUAAUUUUUUCACCAAUAUAUUUUUCAUAAGUACUCAUGUAUGUUAAGAUCGUGUUCUGU